AAAACUUCAUUUCCGCGUUCGGCGUAUGGGGAAGAGUUUUAUCCUGAAGAAGUGACUUCAAGUCAGUCUUGGAGAGACAUCCGCGCAACUUACAUCUUAGAGACCGUUCGUAGUCAUACGUGUUGACCAAACAACGUAGUGAAUUACUGGGUCUUUUAUCACGGAGGUUUUGCUUUUUUGACUAAAGAUAUACCACCGUCGAAAUUCAAGUGAUUGUUUUGUGUCAGUGAAUUUGUGCAAUUGUGAUUUUUUUCGAGAAAAAUGUCUCCAGCUACACACAUGCCUUCGUCUCCAUCCACCACAGUCAACGAUUUUGAACUGCUUUGGCAACUUCAGACGCAGAGCGGCCUGGUCAGUCCACUGAGCUCGUCCAACUCCAGCCUCGCCAGCGGCAUCAGCUCGCCCACAGCUGGUCAGCUGUCAGCUAGUCAGCUAUCAGCUGUCGAGCUCCAGCUGCUCAACCAAAUCUCAAACCUGAGGUGGGGCCAACAGACGCAGCAGCAAUCAGCUGACAACCGGGAGCUGUCCCGUCAGGUGUCCGCACAGCCCUACGAUACCGCAGUCGCUCCGCACAGAAGGGUUGAGAGAACGCAGUCAGAGCCGAGCCGCGCAGCCGCGUUGGCAGUGAACACAUCUCGCUACAAGACGGAACUGUGUCGCUCCUUCGAGGAGAGCGGAUUCUGCAAGUAUGGCGACAAAUGCCAGUUCGCACACGGCCCCGAGGACUUACGCAAGCUGACGCGUCACCCCAAGUACAAGACGGAACUGUGCCGUACCUACCACUCCAACGGCAUGUGCCCCUACGGAUCCCGUUGUCACUUCCGCCAUUCCGAAAAACUCCGCACAGUAAUGCUCGCAUUGGCGGCGGGAGAAUUACUUCCGGGGGACCUAUUUCAACUUCCGGCCUCCGCGGACCCACUUCCGGAUCUACUUCCGUCCUCCGCGGACCCACUUCCGGAUCUACUUCCGUCCUCGUUCGAUCUGCGAUCCUCCUCUCUCUGUUCCUCCCCGACUAGUAGCCUGGCGAGCGGUUCACCCCCACCUUCGGCGUUUUCUGCCAACACAGCGUUUUCGUUCAGCAGCCCCGUUCGCCCGCUCAGUCCGUUCGUCGACUUCCCAAGGUCGUCCAGUCCGCUCAGCGAAUCACGACUGCCCGUCUUCAACGAACUCAGUCGCAAUCAGAUCGACUGUCUCCGGAUGCUCAACGAUCUCACUCUGUGAGCAGUGAGCCAAUUGAGGUAGGGUGCACCAACAACUCGAUCAAAAAUAAAACAAGUUGCAUUACAUUUUAUAGUCAUUCAUAUUGAUUCGUCUCAAAGACUCAUUCAAGACAUAAACUUAGUUAAAAGUACUGUAGUCAAUAUAAGUUUUGUAUUCAUUCGUCUGAAGGACUUGUUCAAACAUAGAUCAUAGUACUAAGCUUGUUCACAUCUCUAGAUGUGCACUUCCACAUCUAUGAACUUUCUCAUUGUUCAGAGUAUUAGCAUUAGUUCAAGAAGUAUAUUAUUUUAUUUAAUUUGAAGCAAGUUUGUUAUUAUUAUAGGUCACAUCAAUGGCCAUUAUUUAUGCUCAGUAAGAGCUGUGUGUUAUAAUCAGGAGCUAUAUUUAAUUUCCAAUUUCUCAAUGGGACUGAAAUUUCCACUCAGUCAAUGAAUCAGUGGAAUAACUAUUUACGUUGUAACUACAUUAUAUCAAGAAAUAGUUGUCUUAUAUUAAUCACUUAUUAUUGAAUAUAAGACUAUAUUAUGAGACUAUAUCUAACAGUAUAUCAAGAACUAUGGUUGUAUUUAAUCAAGAGCAAGUUCAAUCAUUAUAGUUUAUAAUUAGUACCAAUUUAUACAUCAGUUAAUUUAUCAGUUACAUUUGAUACGAGGGAUGCUUGAUUAUUCAUGAUUAUUAUCAAGGAAUAAGUUAAAUCAUAUCAGGAGCAUGUUUGAUUAUUGAUUAUUAGGUUAUAUCAGUACAACAUACAUAUUUAUCAGUUAUAUUUAAUAAGGUGCAUUUUUGAUUGAUAUUAUCAAUCCAAGUAUUAAUAUUUAAUCAGUUUGUAAUCAGGAUUGAUCUACAAUUUAUUUAUCAGUUUUAUUUGAUUUAACAUGGAGGAAGUUUGAUUAUUAUGUUAUCAGGACUAAUAUAUUAUAUAUCUUUGUGGUAUUCUCAUUCACUGAUAUGACUACCACAAUGAUAUUCCACUUAUCUUUAUCAUUCUAUUUUUGGCACUUCAAUUUUUCUCUCUCGUUUGCACCUAUGUUAUUCCAAUAUUAUUAUAUUUCACUCACUUUUAUUUAUUCUCUACUUUUUUGGGUUUGGAAUGUUAUUCAUUAAUCUGGUAUUAUUAUUGAACAGUAGUAUUGGUGUUCAGUUUCAGUCUGAAAUCUAUGUUUAUUUAUUUUUGUCUUUAUAAUGAAGUUUAGUUGUGAAUUGAAUGUUGACUAUAUCCAAUCAUAAUCGUUAUCAUCAUGAUCUGCAGGUUCAUUCAUGAUUCCUACUCCACCAUUCCUCUUUCUGUCUCUCCAGCAUGCAGUAUUUUCCUUUCACCCAGACAUCAUCCACCGUUACUCUCCACCGUUCAUCGUCCACUUCACUCUCCCCCAUCAUUCACUCUCUAUUCUUGGAUACUCUAAAUACUCUAUUCUUUAUUGCUUUUGAUUUAUAUGGUGGUAUAUUAUGAGAUUUGAUUAAAUUUAUUGAAAAAAUUAAGAUCGAGUUACAGAGUUGGUGCACUCCGAAACUUCAAAAAUGUUAAAUUUUUCUUUGUAGAUUAUGUACUUUUGUAAUGAGCUCUUUGGUGAUUUUUCUUCUUGAAGUUGUCUUCCAUUAUUUAUUAUUAUCGAUCAUUAUAUCUUUAAUCAUAUUCAGUUUCUCCACAUUUAUUCAUCUUUGUUAAUUUUGUAUUAUCAUCGGUUUGAAUUAACUUCAUUGUACAUAUUAAAGCUCUGCUUUCAAGUUUAUGGAGCUGACUAGUCUCUAUUGAGAUUCAACCAUCAAAAUCUGUAUUGGUUUUUGAAUCUUGAGUAUUUUCAAGCUGUAUAUUUUUUACCAAGAAAGAAUGAAAAUUUAGUUGACUCUUUAUCAUAGUUGGAUUAAUUUAUAUUGGAAGUUUUCCUCUCAAAGUUAUAACUAUCAAUUUUUUGUUCAUUAAUUCUCGAUGUUGUAACUAUCGAUAUUUUGUUAAUCGAUUCUCGAUGUUGCAACUAUCGAUAUUUUGUUCAUUAAUUCUCGAUGUUGCAACUAUCGAUGUUUUGUUCAUCAAUUCUCGAGACUCUUUAUCAUAGUUGAAUUAAUUUUUUUGGGUAGUUUUCCUAUCAAAGUUAUAACUUAUCGAUUUUUUGUUGAUUAAUUCUCGAUGGUGGAACUAUCGAUAUUUUGUUAAUCGAUUCUCGAUGUUGCAACUAUCGAUAUUUUGUUCAUUAAUUCUUGAUGUUGCAACUAUCGAUUUUUUGUUCAUCAAUUCUCGAGACUCUUUAUCAUAGUUGAAUUAAUUUUUUUUGGAAGUUUUCCUAUCAAAGUUUUAACUUAUCGAUUUUUUGUUGAUUAAUUCUCGAUGGUGGAACUAUCAAUAUUUUGUUAAUCAAUUCUCGAUGUUGCAACUAUCGAUUUUUGUUCAUCAAUUCUCGAUAAUCGCUUUUCAAUUUGCUUUUUCUUGAAGUUUUGUACUGUUAGUUUUUGAUAGUGUUGUAAAUCAGUAUGAAGUCACAAAAGUUUUGUUUGUUGAAGUUAAUUUUGAUUCGACAUUUUUGAAAUCUGUGUGCCUUUGAGGAAAAGACUGUAGUGCCUUGGUAAAGCUGUGCCUUUGUAAUCUCAGCACUGUAGUUCUAUUAAAUAAGUCACUGAAUUCCCUCACUCACAUAAAAAAUUCACAAAAAAAAUCCAGAUGCAUUUCUAUGUUGUAUAUCUGAACACUUUUUCAUCAUUUUGUAUUAUAUAUCUUUCGUAUAGAUUGUACUUUUGAUAAUAUUGUGAUUAUUAUAUAUAUAAAUUUGAUUGUACUCACAGUCAGUCAAUUACCAUUAAAUUAUAUAUUAUUAUAGUAUAACAAACCUGUGAUUGGACUGAAUGAUGUAUCAGUUCAAUAGUAUUUUUGGAAUCAGAAAGCAUUAAUUGAGUUGAUGAUUUCAUUUUUCUUUCUUUUGAUGUAUUUAAGCUAUAAUUAUUAUGUUCAACCAGAUCGGUUGUUAUUAUGAGUUUAGUUAUGUUUUUGUUCGUUUAUUUAUUCAAUAUUAUUAUUUAGUACCUUUGUUGAUUUAAUUAUUCUUGGUUUCUUUCUAUAUUCAUUUUAUAUAUGUGUGUUAUUUAUUCAUUACUUUUUACGAUACUUAUGAUGUUCGUGAACAUUUACUCAAGCUACUUUUUUGUAUUCAGUAAUAUUGACAACUCAGGAAGCAGUAGGCCUAUAAUUUUCGAAUAUGCAGUCUCUUCAAAUACAAUAUUUUUAUUAUCUUAUUGGAACAAGUAAUCCCAAAACAAUAUAUUCAGUAUCAUUUUUUAUAUUUGGACCACACUAGAAGUGUAUAUCACUAAGUGUUAAAAUGUAUUUUCAUUUAUCGAUCAUAAUAAAUCAUGAUUAUGUUAGUAUCAUAGCUUACAAUAAUGAUGAUGGUUUCUCAUUACUGUAUUUCUUAUGUAAAGUUAUUAUUUAUUAUUUAUAUUGAAAUGAGCAUGUUAUGUCAUUCUUCUCGAGUGGAUUUUCUAUUAUUUAUUGUGUUUAUAUAACCAAUUAUCAAACACAAAUACAAAAUAAACAUAAUACUGUUCCAUAGUUGGAUGUCUGUGCAGUAUUUUUAGUAUCAAACUCAUUAUAACUGUAAUGGAAGUAUCUUCUUCAUUUUUAAAACGUGUGGAAAUUGUAAAUUUGAACCUGGUUUAAUACUCUUGCAGACAACACUCUGCUAUAAUCUGAUAUGAUUUUUAAUGUAAAGUAUCUUUUAUUGAAAUACAUCCACAAAACAUCACUUAUUUUUUAAUGAUCCAAAUAAAUGUUUUUUAUCAAGUAAAUUAGCGUCAUACCAAAAAAAUAGACUCCAAAAUUUUAAAAAUUUGUUUUUAUAAAUUUUUACGAAAUAGUGAUUUUAUCUUUGCUACAUAUUUAUCACUACUCCACCUUCAAACCGUUAGUUAACUGCAUGAACUUGUAAAAAUCAUUUGUAAAAAAUCCAGUUGUAAAUAAAUUUAUCAUGUGCAAUGUACAAAUCUAUUAUAGAUCAAAAAUUAUAAAAUUUUAUCAUUUCAGAGUCUUUCAAUAUUCUCAUUGCAAUCAUUAAUCAUUCUAUGGUUUUAUAUUGUGAUGAAAACAAUAAUUCCAAGUUUUUAAAAUUUGGACUCCUGAUUUAUUCUAAUGGGAAGAAGAAGAUACUUCUAUAUUUAAUACUAGAUAUUUGUGUUCUCAGUUAUAUUUUUUCUAUUAUUCAGUACUGUAUUAUUUGAUGACUUCAUCAUUCCGAGUUUUUUGAAUACAUACAUGUUUUUCGAG